AUGAGUUCGUCAGCGACAGAAAAAGCGGAAGUAGAGGCUCUCAUUGCACAACUAGGCUCAUCAAAUGAUAAUAAUAAAAAGCAAUCGAACAAUAUGAGCACUAGUCCUGAUGCGUCUUCAGCAACAUCCGAACGUAAACGUGUAUAUAUUCGUCAAAAUUCUGGAUCUAGUUCCAAUGCACAACAUGUUGGUUCGCCAACAGAUGCGCAAAAACAUUUAUUACAGAAAAAUACUAAGAUGACAAAGAAGAAUGAUCGUAAAUCACGUCAAGGUAAAGGUCGUGGCUUAGCAAAAAAAGGUGGUAGUGGCGGACACUUUACUUGGGGUGCAUUAGGCUCUGAAUUACUUGAUGAAUUUCGCGAAGAUUUCGAUGAAGAAGAUCUAUUAGAUUUACAAUAUAAUCAGGCUAAAGAGAAAUUUGUGGCUGCAACAUCAAAUCAAUCGACAAAGAAAAAAAUACAUGAAAUAAAGUCAAUUGAAAGCUUAGAAAAAGAUGUUAAGCCAAUAAUUGAUGAAUAUUUUGUUAACGGUGAUGCAAAGGAUGUUGCACAAGCAUUACGCAGAUUUAAUUUAAAACAACUUGCAGAAGGAGAAUUAUUGGCUCAUGUGGUUACAUUAGCAUUGGAGAAAUCCAAUGUUCAUAAAGAAUUAGUAUCGCGUCUUUUGCAUGAUCUUAAUGGCAUUGUUUUUUGUGUAAAUGAUUACAUUAAAGGCUUCGAUACAUUAUUAACAACAUUAAAUGAUCUAUCACUUGAUAAUCCUGAAUGUUCAACUGAUAUUGGUAAAUUCAUUGCGCGAUCCAUUGCUGAUAAAUGUAUUGCUAAUACGAAUGGAAAAUAUUUUGCAAACUAUAAAGGCCAUGUUACAUGUCCGAAGAUGCAAAUCGCUCUGGAUAAAGCUGAAACGCUUAUGCUGAUGGGAGACUUCUAUUUUCUUAAUAAUGUUUGGGGAGCUCAAUCAAGUGGUUUUCGACCUGUCCAAGAGUUAGCCGAUGGAAUGAACUUAAUUAUUCAUGAAUACUACGAUAGCGGCGAUGCAAAUGAAACAGUUCGUUGUUUAAAGGAAUUAAAUGUGCCACAUUUUUUUCAUGAAUUUGUUUAUGAGCUGAUUGAUUUUUGCUUGGAAAAAAAUACUGAACGUGCUGAACAAUUAACAAUAGCAUUACUUGAAACAUUAACAAAGACAGCUGUUAUUACUUAUGAUCAAUUGAAAACUGGCAUUCUACGUUUAUUUGAAGAUAUGGAAGAUAUACAACUAGACGUUCCAAAUGUAUGUGAGCAAUUGCAAAGUCUUCUCAAACAAUUAGAAAGCAAGAAAAUCGUCAAUCAGGAUAUUUCAUCAAAAGUUCCGCAGAAAAAUCGUAAACGUUCAACCAAUGGAGAUGAAAAUAAUAAAUGA